CAAAAAGAUGAACAUGAUAAUGAAGCUGAAACUCAAGAAUCUUCUAAAACACAAUAUAACCCCGUAUCUGAGCAACAAGAACCUAUCAGUGAGUCAAUAGAAGAGUGUAUUAUAGAUACAGAAGCAGAAGAAUUUUCUGUAACAGAGAAACAACAAUCAGAGCGUGAGUCACCAGGAGAUAAAAUUAUAGUUACAGAAACAGUAGAAUUGACAGAAAGCGAAAAACAAAAAACAUGUUAUGAACAAGAAGUAGAGUGUGUUAUAUAUGCACAAAGUGAAAAUGAAAUACCCUACAUUAAGCAAAAAGAUGAACAUGAUAAUGAAGCAGAAACUCAAGAAUCUUCUGAAAUACCAUACACCUCCGUACCUGAGCAACAAGAACCUAUCAAUGAACAUGAUAAUGAAGCUGAAACUCAAGAAUCUUCUAAAACACAAUAUAACCCCGUACCUGAGCAACAAGAACCUAUCAGUGAGUCAAUAGAAGAGUGUAUUAUGGAUACAGAAGCAGUAGAAUUUUCUGUAACAGAGAAACAACAAUCAGACUGUGAGUCACCAGGAGAUAAAAUUAUAGUUACAGAAACAGUAGAAUUAACAGAAAGCGAAAAACAAAAAACAUGUUAUGAACAAGAAGUAGAGUGUGUUAUAGAUGCACAAAGUGAAAAUGAAAUAUCCUACAUUAAGCAAAAAGAUGAACAUGAUAAUGAAGCAGAAACUCAAGAAUCUUCUGAUACACCAUACACCUCCGUACCUGAGCAACAAGAACCUAUCAAUGAGUCAAUAGAAGAGUGUAUUAUGGAUACAGAAGCAGUAGAAUUUUCUGUAACAGAGAAACAACAAUCAGGCU